AUGCUCAUCUUGUGUCCCGCCCCACCACCCCCUACACCUGUGCAGGGCCUGUCUAAGACAGACAAGGAUAAGGUCGAGGAAAUGCGCCUUUCUGACGAGCAGUGGGACAUGUUUAAGGAGCUGAGAACGUUCCUCAGCCGCUUCAACAAGGUCUCCAAGGCGGCCAAGGGGACGGCAAACCCGACGCUGUCGAUGGUGGUGCCGUACUAUAACGGCCUCAUCGACGUCAUGGAGGCCCGACUGGCAAAGGGGCCCUCUGCGCUGCUGAAGCCGAUGGUCGAGAAGGCGCUGACAAUCCUGAAGAAGUAUGAGUACAUCAGCAGCAACGAGGGAUGGAUCGCCACCUUCCUGGAUCCUUCCAUGAAGGCGGCGUGGUUCGACGACCCCCACUGGGAGACGCAGCAUCCAGAGACGGCGCAGAGGGAGAGGCCGCGCCCUCCAUCGAGCGUGAUGAUCGCGCUGGUGCGCGAUCGGGUGGCCGAGUACCAGGCAGCGGCGAGGGAGCUGGGUCCUAGGCCCACCAAACUUCCCACGGUGGAUGACGAGGUCAGCAGGUAUUUGUCGGAGCGGGUGCGGUAUGACGUCGCUGCGCUAUACUACUGGCGCACUUCCACGAACAUGGAGACACUGAAGCGGAUGGCGAGGGACUAUCUCGCCAUCCCUGCCACGUCUGCUGCGAGCGAGCGGGUGUUCUCAUUGGGCCGCAACCUCAUUUCGUGGAAGCGUCACCGCGUCAACUCCGAGAGGUCGCGUGCCUGCAUGAUUCUCCGCUCCUGGUAUGGAUCGCACCCUGGCCAGAGGAUCGGCGAGGGCUGCCGCCCGAAGGGGGUCGCCGCACUGGAGAUUGCUAUUGAGGGCGAGGGUGCGGAGGAGGAGGAGGAGGAGGAGGAGGAGGAGGAGGAGGAGGAGGAGGAGGAGAAGGAGGGGGAUGAGGGGGAUGAGGUGGAGAAGGCGGACGCAGUCGAGGUGGACGAGGAGGCCGGGGAGGGGAGAGGGGUGGACGCCGCAGAUUUUGGUGGAGGGGAGGGUGGUGUUGGUAGCGUGGGUGGGACAGGGGUGUAG